AUGUCGCGUACACACACAGCAGUCGUGGUAGAAGAGAAGAGAACUUCACGCUUGUCUAUACCAGACAAGCUCUUGCAUGGCUUGGAUCCCGAAUGGGUAAAUCUAUGGGAAAAACACGGUAGUUCCAUGGUGAGAGCCGACGAGCUAUCACUUGAAGAAUUCCGGAAAGAUCCAGCUGCGUACAGUUUCACCUACCCAACAUGUUCCGGACCGCCCGUUAUGCACGUUGAUGACAUAGAAAUCCCAGUUUCGCAACCAGCUGGAAACAUCAUGGUCAGGGUCUAUACGCCGGAAGGUCCAGGACCGUUCCCUGUUCAUUUGAACUUCCAUGGAGGAGGAUGGGUUCUUGGAAAUCUUAACACUGAAGCUGCUUGGUGCCGGCACAUGUGCAACAAAGCCCAAAUCAAAGUGAUUGAUGUCGACUAUCGAUUGAGUCCGGAGUUCCCCUAUCCAACCAGCAUCUAUGACUCAUGGGAUGCUGUAAAAUGGACAAUCGCCAACGCUUCUAGUCUCAAUGUUGAUCCAUCGAGUGUUUCUAUCGGAGGUCUCUCAGCCGGAGGCCAAAUGACUGCAGUAAUGGGACAUUUUGCCCGCGACGAGGGCAUUGACCUCAAACUCCAGCUGAUCAUAGUUCCGGCGACAGACAUGCGCUACUGUUUAAGAACCAGAGAGCUGAAUAAGACCAGUUGUCCUUACGAAAGUGUCUUGCAAUACUAUGAUGCACCUUGGGGACCCCUAGGCAGAGAGCAAUGGUUCCUGAAAUAUUGGCUAGGCGAUAACGACGGCAAGUCUUCCUUUUUUGUCUCUCUCUUCCAGAUUACUUAUGUCUGUACUAACCAUUUUUUAGAUACUCAAGAAAGGAUCUUGACGAAGGAUUGGAUUUGCACACCUGUGCUCGCCCCUUCUUUCAAAAACCUUCCGAAGGCACACAUCAUCACAGCGGAGAUUGAUCUUGAGCGAGAUGAAGGGGAAUUUUAUGGUCGACUUAUGCAGGAGGCUGGGAACGAUGUGACAAUGAAGAGGUACCCGGGCAUGCCCCAUGCAUUUGCGCACUACAAUCACCCAGAAAGAGGGCUUUCGCAAAGCUUUGUGUACAUCGAGGAUACGAGUCGACUCCUUCGGGAGGUGCAUUUUGGCAAGGAGUGA